CUGGCCACUUCCAGAACUCCACAGAGCCCUUCUGUCUCUGCAGCCAACAACUCACAGCGCCUUAUUCCAGUGCAAAAUACCCCCAAACCUUACUGGUGAUUUUUACUUCUGUUCGGUUUAGGUCUGCAGGAGACCCCUCAGCGCUGUCUGGCAGGGAAGCCCCUCGCAGCGCUGGGCAGCGGGCGGCAGCCCAGCCGCGGGGCCAUGUUCUACUUCCACUGCCCCCCGCAGCUGGAGGGCGCGGCCCCCUUCGGAGCUCACUCCGCCGGCGACUUCGACGACGGGUUCCUGCGGAGGAAGCAGCGCCGCAACCGCACCACCUUCACCCUGCAGCAGCUCGAAGCCCUGGAAGCAGUUUUUGCUCAAACCCACUACCCCGAUGUGUUCACUAGGGAAGAGCUGGCGAUGAAAAUCAACCUCACGGAGGCCAGGGUGCAGGUGUGGUUCCAAAAUCGAAGAGCUAAAUGGAGGAAAACAGAGAGGGGGACUUCCGACCAAGAGGGCUCUAAGGAAGCAAUGGCUGAGGUGGCACCUCCUGUCAGGAAUUUAAAUUCCCCUUCUCCAGCAGAUCAAACCAGGAAUAAAAAAGAGAGCCUGGAGAUCCAGCAGAGCCUGAGCCGAGCAGUCGGUCCCACAGGACCUUUCUUCCCCUCCUGCCUGCCAGGGACUCUUCUCAACACGGCCACCUACGCACAAGCUUUAUCCCACGUCGCCUCUCUAAAAGGGAGCCCGCUGUGCUCGUGCUGCGUUCCGGACCCCAUGGGCCUCUCCUUCCUGCCCACCUAUGGCUGCCAAAGCAACCGCACCGCCAGCGUGGCCGCAUUGCGCAUGAAGGCCCGGGAGCACUCGGAGGCCGUGCUGCAGUCUGCCAACCUCCUGCCCGCCGCCGGCAGCCCUGCGCCUCCUGCCAAACCCGGCCCAGAGGGCAGCCAGGACAAGCAGCCCUCUCCAGCCAAGGAGCACAUGGAAGGGGAGAAGAGCGUAUGAGGCCAGACCGACACCGGCCCCGUGGCCUGAGGCAAGGAACCCACCGCCAGGGCUUUGCCACCAGGGGAACUGCAGUGUGGCCGUGCCCCAGCAGGACGUCACAGGGCCACCAGGGACCUGGCAAGUCUGAGUGGCCUCUCUGGCUGCCUUUCAUGCACUUCUGCUUCUUUUGUGCCGCUGUAGGUUCGUUCUCCUGAUUUAUCGGCACUAUCUGUGUUUGGAAAUACUCUUGAAACUGUUUUUAGCUCUUCUUCCACAUCCCAGGAAUGCUGAAAUGCCCGGGACCCUGGUUUCCUCCUGCACAUCUCAUCUCGCUCCCCAGGGCUGUGUAUCUCAGCAGCAGGGCCAACCCCAGACCUUUCUGGGGCUGUAUCCCAUGUGGGCUUGGAACCAUCUUCACCUGGUUCUGACCUUCCCAAAAGCAAGCAUUACCCUUGUAGGGGGCAGGGCCACCACCACCAGUAACCCACCAUGUAGCAUGAGAUGGGGGGCUGGCAGCAGGGCAGCGCUACCAGAUACGGGUUCUGGGGCAGCAGAGGCUUCCAGGCACUAUUUACCCCCACCCUACACAGGUGAAUGAAUGUGCAGGUAUACACCAGCCUGGCCUGAUGUUUUCUGACAGCUUUUGACUUCAACCAAAUCUAUCCCAGGCAAGCCAGGUGUAAGAGAAGCAAAAAUAGAACAAAAUUCUUCAUAUUUUUUCCUUUUCCCUUCCUUUCCCUGAAAGUCAGACUUUCCAUGGAGUAGAUUACUGGGAAAUUGCAGAGAUCAGCUUACCCAUGAAUAAAAUCCUUGCACUUGUCUCUAUGUGAACAUUAGUCUUGACAUUCCCUGGGUUAGACUUAAAAGACACACAACUCCAGAGCAGCGCUCAGAGCUUCAAACGAUAAUGCUGGCAUUUUAAUGGAGAGUGCAGUUAUGUCUAGAUCUGCACAAAGCUGAGGGUGUUUUACUGUCAUUCUCUUGGAAAGAAAGACUGGAAAACAAAAUCAUCCUGCAUUGCAAUACUGCAAAUAUGUCCUUGCAUGUUGUGUUUUUAAUAAAGAGGAAAUAAAGCUUGGAAGGAUAUUCCUUUAUGCCAUCCAAAAUCAGACUCUUUCAUUCACUGAAGGCUGGUUGGAAUAACUCUAGAUCUGAAAAUAUCUUAAUUAUUAUACAGUGGACACAGUGCAAAGGAGAAAUUGAUGCCUCAGGAAAUGCGCUUUUAUCUCUGACCCAAAACUUCCCAAAGGAAAGUUGAGUAAGAUCAGAUGCUCCAAGGCAGGUGUUGUAUCUGGGGUGCCCCAUAUUUCUUCCAUGGGUAAUGCAGAUGCAGAUUUAAGCUUGGUGAUAUGGACUUGCUUUUCUCAGUUGCCUUUUGCAGAUUCCUUAGAAUUGUCCACAGACGUCCCUGGAGAAAAGGAUGAAACCACUGCUCUGAGACUUGAUCAAGUAAUGUGGAGGCCAGUGAAAAGAUUCCUGUCAGCUCCGAAGGUCUUCUGAGCAGGUCUUUUGUGAGAACAGUGCUCAGGUC